AUGUCGGAGGACGGUCCUCAGUCCAGUGAGGAUGGUUCCGGCCUACAUUCACCCAUCUUUGGGGCUCAAUUUACUCAGCUGCCUGGAGAGAUCUGCAACUAUCAUCAAGGUCAACUAGAUAUACGACAUGAUGCGGCAGCGGGCAUCCUGGCCUCUCAGUUUGAUUAUACCAAUAUCAACUUCCAUCCAUACCUUCACCUUCUCGAAACCCCUUUGAAUGUCCAUUACCCUCACCACCAUUAUGUAUAUCAUUCUGAGUUUUCUCUUCCACAAAGACAUAACCUUGACCUUGACAUACCACCCCAUGUCUACCCUGAUACCUGCCUUCCGCCCCCUCCAGCUUAUGGCAGUGUUGUUGAUUUGGAUUUGUCUUACCAAGGCUCCCCAAGACGAAGAUAUUUUUCUGAGGACUUGUGCUCACAAUCACAGCCGGCAGCAUCUACAUCUCAGGAUCUGCCUUGCAGGAAAAUUUCAAAUCAAGUGAUAGCUUGUCGGCAAUGUCAUGCGAGAAAAAUUCGGUGCGACUCUACGAGACCAGCUUGUCACAAUUGCGUGCGCCGCUUGAAUGAAUGCCACUACGAUGCAACACCUAAACGGCGAGGGCCUGAUAAAAGGCCGGGCACUCGCCAGCACUCAUGUAAGAAGUGCCCGGCUGAUGGUUCAUCCCUUCCUUCCCUUCUGUCUAAGCGGAAACGCACUUCGGUCAGGCAUGAUGACUAG